GUGUGUCCAAUAUCGAAAGGUUAAAUAGGUCAUCAUGUGAUGAGUCUGAUGACAGUUAUCUGAUUUGUGUGUCCAAUAUCCUUUUUCUGUUAAUAAACGUUGAGGCAGACUACUUACGGAUAACAAACAUGGCAAGAAACCCUGAUUAUGGAGCUUUCAUGGAAAAAUUUGUGCUAAAGCCAACUAACUCAUCCGAUGAACUCCCCUUAAAUGGGCUUACCUUUGCCGUUAAAGAUAUAUUCGACGUUGAUGGAUAUGUAACUGGAUUUGGCAAUCCGGAUUGGGCAAGAACACAUUUAGCUGCUACAUCAACUGCUCCAGCCGUUUUGGCUAUCUUGAGAGAAGGGGCCACAUGUAUCGGUAAAACCGUUAUGGAUGAAAUGGCAUAUAGCAUAAAUGGGGAAAAUAAACACUAUGGAACGCCUAUAAAUCCUUGUGCUCCAGAUUGUGUACCUGGAGGAUCUUCCAGUGGAUCUGCUGUUGCAGUAGGUGCAAAGCUUGUAGACUUCUCCUUAGGAACUGACACUGGAGGAAGUGUAAGAGUUCCGGCAUCAUACUGCAGUAUUUUAGGGUUUCGGCCUUCUCAUGGUGUUGUUUCUACUGCAGGAGUUAUUCCCUUGGCACAGAGUUUCGAUACUGUGGGAUGGUUUGCUAGGAAUCCAGUGAUUUUGAAUCAUGUUGGACGCGUUCUACUUCAAUUGCCUGAUUUAGAUCUAGUCAGACCAAGUCAGAUAAUUAUUGCAGAAGAUUGUUUUCAACUCUCAAGCAUUCCAAACGGUCGAGUUAGCCAAAUUCUUGUUAAAUCAGUGGAGAAGUUAUUCGGGGGUCAUGUUGUGAAGCAUUUAACCCUUGGGGACUUCGUUGAGAACAAAGUUCCAAGCCUGAAGCAUUUUAUGAGCAAAGAAAUCAAAGAACAAGGUUAUGAUAUAGCAUCAUUGGCAGCCCUUUCAAGUGCCAUGCGGUUGCUUGAAAGGUAUGAAUUCAAGAAUAACCAUGGUGAAUGGGUUACUACUGUCGAACCAGAUUUGGGUCCAGGUAUAUCAGAACGAGUAUGGGAAGCUGUUAAAAUGACAGGAGGAAAUAUUGAUGCCUGUUACUCAGUGAAGACAGAACUACUUGCUGCCCUGACAACUCUUCUUGAGGAUUUUGGUAUCCUUGCUAUCCCUACAGUUCCAGGGCCCCCACCAAAACUAAAUACAGAUCCAACUACGCUGGCAGUCUUUCGUGCAGAGGCUUUUAGCUUGCUCUCUAUUGCUGGAGUAUCAGGAUUCUGUCAGGUGAGCAUUCCACUGGGUAUGCAUGAUGAUCUACCAUUGUCUAUUUCGUUGUUGGCAAAAAAUGGUUCAGAUGGUUUCCUGCUCAAUGUUGUUCAAAUUCUUUACGACACUCUACAAGAACAGGUUGCUGUCAGUCUGAGAAAUUAACUUGCUGAAUGCAGUUUUCUGCGUUCUAUCUUUAAAAAGAAAAAAGGUUGCAGAACCACGAAACUCAACUCAAUAGACUAGCUUCUAAGGUCAGUACUAUCCUCCUGCUCUUACAUCAUGUAUGACUAUGCCAUAUUUGCAAACUGGGUAUGUAUUGUAAUAAUACAAGUGUGCCAUGGAUUAUCAAUUCAAUUUGUAAACCUGUACGCUGACUUUUACUGAACACUUUCUAAUUUAAAUCACUCUGUAAAGAAUUACCGGCUAA